CUCUCUGCAAUGGGCCCGGUACCCUUAACGCUCCUGCUUUGCAUCUCAGCACUGGCUGUGCUGGUGUCUGCAGCAGUGGACGAUCCCAUAGGUGACGAUGACACCUGGCCGCAGAGGAAAGUACCACUGGUACAAGAAAAGCAAACAGUGCAUCUGGGCAGUUCUGAGUUUUUGGCUAAGCCGCAGACUGAGCUCCAUGGAAUAUGUGGCAUUGAGUGCCAGCGGGGUCUCCCAGAGCCCAGCCUGGACGAUCUGGAGCAGCUACUGUCCUACGAGACAAUGUAUGAAAAUGGAACCCGCACGCUAACCACCGUCACCAUACAGGAGCUAAACGUUAGUGUUGAUUGGACGGAAGGUUUUGGGUUACGUUCUCGACGCAGACGAGAAGUCUAUGGCAUGGACACACGGUUUACCAUCGCUGACAAGCAGUACUCCUUGAAGUAUCCAUUCUCCACGUCUGUGAAGAUCUCCACGGGUUGUUCUGGAGUGUUGGUGUCCCCCAAACACGUCCUGACUGCUGCUCAUUGCAUCCACAAUGGUACGGACUACCUGGAUGGGGUACAGAAACUCAGCGUUGGUGUGCUGAAAGAACGUUCCCGCCAAAAAGGGAAGGGACGGAAAGGGAAAGGACGGAAGGGGAAAGGCAAGAGGAAGCAUAAAGAAGAAGAGGAGGAGGAGGAAAUCAAUGAAAAUAUAGAGAUUGGAGAGAAGCAGGAGCGUGAGAGAAAAGGCAAAGGCAGGAGAAACCGUAGUCGCCGCAGCACCACCUCCGAGCAGCCCUCGUUCCGAUGGACCCGGGUGAAACAGAUGCAGGUGCCGAAGGGCUGGUUUAAAGGGAUCUCGGAGAACGUUGUGGCUGAUUAUGACUACGCCAUCCUGGAGCUUAAAAGGGCGCAGAAGACCAAAUACAUGGAUCUCGGUGUCGUCCCCUCCGUCAAGAAGCUGCCUGCAGGACGUGUCCAUUUCUCGGGAUUCGACGACGACCGGCCAGGCAACCUGGUGUACCGCUUCUGCUCCGUGUCCGAGGAGUCCAAUGACCUGCUGUACCAGUAUUGCGAUGCAAAGCCUGGCUCCAGUGGCUCGGGUGUCUACAUUCGUCUCAAAGAGCCUGGCAAGAAGAAGUGGAAGCGAAAGAUCAUUGGAGUGUUCUCUGGUCACCAGUGGGUGGAUGUUAAUGGGAUGCAGCAGGAUUACAACGUGGCCGUGCGAAUCACACCCCCCAAGUACGCACAAAUCUGCCUCUGGGUCCAUGGGGACUCCAGCCAGUGUCUGGGCACUUGAGAGACUCCAUCAGCCCGUCUGACUGCCACUGUCCCGGCUCUCAGCAACCCUUGUGCCUCCCAUUUGUGCACUACACAAACUGCUGCAUUCAUCAACACUAAAGACUAUAACACACCUACCAUUGAAUUUUUUCAAGCUAUUUUGAUACCUUAAUUUAUUUUAUUAGACCAUUUUUGUUAUGAAUCAGUUAGAGCGAAUGUAUAUCUAGAUUAAGUUGUCCUAAUGAGAAUUAAUUCUGUCCUAAACUGUCGUUUUGAAUUAGAAAAUGUACUUCAGUCAGUGUUGUUUGAUAUGGGAGGCAUUUGUUUUGUCUGGUAAUCUGUCUGGAUAUCUUGAAGUAGAAAGCUAGAUGACUAGUUGACACAAGGAAA